UUUUGUUCGUAGAGCCACAAGACUUACAAAAUCCACUAAAGAUUAUCAAUGGACCAUCAUGAUUUUUGCAAGGGCUCUUCCUCCAAACAAGAGACGGUAGCGGUUACUGCAGUUGCUUUACAGGAUCAUAUUAUACACAGUCUUCAGCUGCAGAAUCUUUCAUUAGCAGAUCCUUUUAAGUCAAAGUCAAGGAAUAUAAAGAACAUUUACAAACCUGUGAACAAAGAGAUGGUCAGAGCAAUAGUAGAUACUGGACUAAGUAAAAAGAGCGCUCACCACAAAAAUAAGGAAGAUUCAGAAAAGGAGUAUGUUCUUGAUCCCAAUCCUCCACAGCUAACAUUAGCUCAGAAAUUAGGCUUAGUUGAGCCUCCUCCCUUGCCACUCACUGCUGAAGAAUGGGCAAAAAUAAAGCAGAGAUCCAUAAAGCAUGGAGAUUCUAUACAGCCUUGUGCAAUAUGCAGGGAAGAAUUUGCGCUGCAGCCUCAGGUGUUGCUUUCAUGUUCCCAUGUAUUUCAUAAAGCAUGUCUGAAAGCCUUUGAAAAAUUUGCAGGUAAAAAGUCUUGUCCUAUGUGCAGAAAAAAGCAGUAUCAGACCAGAGUAAUACAUGAUGGGGCACGCUUAUUUAAAAUAAAGUGCGCUAUUAGAAUUCAAGCUUCCUGGAGGGGAUAUAUUGUUAGAAAAUGGUAUAAAAACUUGAGAAAAACAGUACCUCCUAAAGACAGCAAAUUAAGAAAACAGUUCUUUGAAGAAAAGGUUCAACAUAUCAGCAAUCGUCUGUUGAGUUCUUAUGAUAUAAACCUAGAUGAAUUUUUUUCUGAAAUAGAUUCUUCUAUAGCUGCAAGUCAAGAUGUGGUUCACGACUGGGAGAAGAUACAGAUGCAGGCCCUUCGGCAAGAGAUAUUUGACUGUCCUAUUUGUAUUAUGCCACUCAGUCCUACUAUUCAUCCUCCCUGUAUAUUUUCUGGUAACAGCAAUCAGUUUUCACGACAGACUGUUCUGCUUUCGUGUUCACAUUUGUUUCAUCAUACCUGUCUUCAAGCAUUUGAAGAGUUUUCCUUGGGAGAAAGACACGUUUGUCCUUUAUGUCGCUCGUAUUAUCAGAAGAAAAUUCUUGAAUGUUGA